UUACCACAGUCAGUUCAUGGAGAGCUACAGAAUACAAUUUGAUCGUAAAAUGACAAACCCAGCUAGUAUGAGAUUUAAUAUAGCAAAACCCCAAUUUUCCUUUAAUGACUUUAUACAAUGAUAUGCUGAGUAUAGUAGAGACAUCCAACCAUUGAUAUGGAAAGCCCUCAAAACAUCUACAAAGUCGAUGUGUGCCGUGCGGCCUUGGCACAUCGAUUUGUUACUUAUCAGUAUGGCACACAACACCAAAAGUGGCAGCUCAGUCAGGGCUAAUGGUCCAACGGUCGCUGAUGGUUCCACAAUCACUGUCUUGAGGGUUCUCAUUCAUAUAACAACAUUCUAUCAGUCUCACUACAACACCACCAAUAGCCUUCACCACGCACAGGGCAAAGCACAGCUGAGUCCAAAAGCUAUCUUUGAGCACAAUAUUUUCCUGACACGAGUGGUGUAGAUACCAGGCAGAGAUAAUAGCCACUACAGGUAGAAACCAAUCACAACCCUUGGCCAUCUCUGGUAGGAUGAGUCAGCAUUCCUGGUU